AUGAAACGUAUAGCAGUUAUUGGUGCGGGCGCUAGUGGCCUAACUGCUAUAAAAUGUUGCAUUGACGAACACCUUGAACCUGUGUGUUUUGAGAGGACAAAUUAUAUCAGCGGAUUAUGGCACUACACAGAAGAGGUGGAAGAGGGCCAGGCAUGCGUUAUGAAAUCUACGGUGAUCAACACAUCCAAAGAGAUGAUGUGCUACAGUGAUUUUCCUAUACCAGACGAAUAUCCCGUCUAUAUGCACAACAGGUGUGUCGAUCGGUAUUUUCAUAUGUAUGCGGAUAAGUUUGGACUCCGAAAACAUAUAAACUUCAAUACAGAGGUUUUGUCUGUGAAACCGACCGAAAAUUUCAAGACUGAUGGUAAGUGGGAAAUUAAAACAAAGAACUCCGAGAACAAAGAACAACAACAUAUAUUUGAUGGUGUUCUUAUCUGUACCGGACAUCAUGCAGAAAAGAAUAUACCCAACUUCCCCGGGUUAGAUACCUUCAAAGGCAAGGUGACUCACACACACGAUUACAAGGAUUACCAGGGUUACGAGGACAAAGUGUUGAUCAUUGGUAUUGGAAACUCUGGUGGGGAUGUUGCUACAGAGCUUAGUCGUAUAUCUUCUCAGGUUUGAAAGUAGAUUGCCCUUUAGAAUAUUUAAAUACUUAGAUAGUAUUUCUUGUUAUUGAAUACCAAUGGUUGAAAUAAACAUUUAACGUUCUUGUAUGUACUAAGCAUUGCAAUAGUAUAAGUAAUGCAUAUUUAAUACUAUAAUUGUCAUAAGUAGUGGUCAAAAUAAGUCUACGCGAGUACUUCCGUACCAUUUGAAGUUCUCAGAUUGGUUACUCAGUAAAAGAUACCUUUGAUAAAAUCUGGCUGAGUCAAGACGUUACUGUUGUUGUGUAUUCAUUAUUGUUUUUGUAAGCUUGAUAUUCUUAUUGUAUGUGCGAUUUCCCGCGAUAUAAAUAGCACAGCGACGCUAUACAAAUACAAUCAAAUAACAUAGAAUAAGAAUGACACGUUUUGUAAAUAGAAUCGUCAGAUAUUGAACAACAAUGAUGACUUUUACCGUAAUAAUAUCGAACAUACAAUAAGAAUAACGACAUAUACAAUAACAAUGGUAACACUUAGAAUAUGAAUGACACGACAUUGAAUAACAAUAUCAAAGAUACAAUAAGAAUAGCGAAAGAUAGAAUAACAAUAAUGACGUUUAACAUAAGAAUAUCGGACAUACAAUAAGAAUAACGACAUAUAGAAUAACAAUGGUAAGACUUAGAAUAUGAAUGAAACGACAUUGAAUAACAAUAUUGUAGUGCCCCAGAUAUUGUACUAUACAUGAUAUUUAUUGUUAUUUUAAUGUAUGGUAUAUGAUACCAUUCAGAGUAGAAGUUAUGCUAUGUCAGGUAUUUUAAUCUGUUUAUUGUUUAUCCGGACGUGUGUAUCCGAAUUUGUGAAGUCCACUUAGAGAUCGAUUUUUGCAUAAUGAACCAGGUAGCAUUGUAAUCUUUGGAUCAUUUCUGUAAGACUCUUUUACUACCUUCAGUGUAUUUAACUGCUUAUCAGAUGUAUUUACGAAGAAAUCUUGCUUUAUUUACAAAUUUACAUUCACUUCCGGGUUGUUAUUAAGCGGUGUCACGGUAACUUUCUCCUUAGUAACGAUAGAAGGUCACCAUUUUUGUUUUGAAGGCAAAUAGACGAAAGAUGAGCUACAAAAGGACUUAUGCUGUAAGGAUUCGAUAGAUUAUCAUAAUGUCUAAUGUAUCAAGCUAAAGUCUAAUUAUUUUAGUGUAAUUUUAUCGUAAAAUUAUGGUUGCCGACUCUGAAUACUGGUUGCCAAUGCGCAAAUUUUGUUUGUGUACAAUUUUAGCCAAUGACGUUGGCGUCUUGUACACAUUUGUUUUUGGUGCAUUUGUUGCAUUUUUGCGUACCCGCACGAAUUUGCGGCGUACCCACUUUUGGUUUUAGUGCACAGGUCUUGGGUAUAUAUACCCGUUGUUCCCGAUUUUCGGGUCUCCACAAUUCAAAACAUCUAAGGGCAAAUUCUUGUCAGUUGACAUCAGAAAUUCAGAUUAAGUUUAUUUCCAAGAGUUCAAGGCCGGCUACCAUAUUUAUCACAAUAAAUCAGAAAUCUUUUAAGGUCAUUAAUUCUUUAAUCUGUCUCAAAUAUCAGACUGUUUAUUUAUUUUGUUACAUAUUUGUAUUAAACAUUUUAAGGCUGACUGAUAGAAUUUUCACAGUAUUUUAAAGAGAAUUUAAAAGUCUAGGUUCGUGCACUACAGAUAUAAGAGAACUGCUUUAUCAUAGACUACUGUAUUUCUUGUCCUGUUGAUUGUUGACAGAUCCUUGUAUUUUCACGUGAUAUUUUUAGUAGUGCCUGACCGUGCAUUUUCGCGUAUUUUAUUCGAAGCUUGUGACAUUGUAAGUCUUAUAAGAUACCGUAUUUGUGCUAUUUAUUGUAGUGAUAUUUUUCACUUUGUUGAAUCGAGUAUUCUAGUCACUCAUUGAGUAUUUGUUAGGGAAUAAACAAAUAAAUCAUUUUAUUCUUUAGAA